UAGAGGUUGUAUAUCAUCUUAUAUUUAAAACUCCUUGAUUCAAAACAAAAUCCACUUUCUGUGGAUGGAAGUUAACAAAAUCUUUAAUUAUUUUGUAAAUAUCUGUCUAUUAAUUUAAAGUUUAUAUUCAGAACGUAAGACCCCAGCUUAAAAGCAAAAAAUCACAAUUUUGUUCAAAUUUUCAUGUGAAUGAACGUGAAUUGCAAUAGAACGUUAUAUUAAUAAUUUACUUUUUGCUCCAACUACACAGAUGAAUAUCUAUACAUGUAAUAACAUUUACAAUAAAGUUUUCCAACACAGGGUAUACAUUUUCAGGGAGUUUAAAAAGAAAAUAAACAAAUUGUCGCAGAUUAAACUAUUUGAUAAGACUGUUAAAGCAACUCAAAUAUUCUCUGGUUUCUGGUUCUUAUGGCCUACGAGUGUAAGCAAGAACAAUAUAAAUGCUAUUAAAGAAGUAACCUUAGUUCCAUCGGUAACAGAAAUAGCUGACAAAAUGUUUGAAACAGGGAAAUAUGAAGAAUGUUACAACAUGCUUAUAAAAUAUAAGAUUCAAAAUGAUGUUGAAAUCAAAUGGCGUGUUUGUCGUGCAUUAUACAAUAUGGCUAAAGAAUCUAAAUACAACAAAAAAAUGAAAAAAGAAUUAAUUUUACAAGCCUAUAAUGUGGUUGCCGAAGAAUUAGAAACAAAUCCAGACAAUUUUGCUGUUCAAAAAUGGUAUGCUCUGAUAUUAGAUGCCAAAAGUUCAAACGAAGGUAUCCAAAAAAAGAUAGAACAACUUGAAAAUGUAAAAAAACAUAUGGAUCUUGCUGUCACUUUAAAUCCAAAUGAUGCAAGUCUCUUGCAUAUGCUAGGUGAAUGGUGUUUUCAAAUAAGUGAACUACCAUGGCAUCAAAGAAAAACUGCUGAUGCAGUUUUUGCACCAUUACCUUAUUCUACAUAUGAAGAUGCUCUGGAGUACUAUUUGAGAGCUGAGGCUGCGCAGCCAAGAUUUUACAGUAUUAAUCUUCUUAGACUUGGUUGUUGUUAUUUGAAACUUAAAAAAGAAGAUCAAGCUAAAUAUUAUCUCAAGUUAGCUGCAAGUUACCCUGCCAAGUCUGAUGAUGAUCAUCGCGCUAAUAAGGAAGCUGCAGAGUUAUUAAAGAAAUUUAAAUAAUAUUAAUUUCAAUCUUU